AUGUUUUAUUACAGAGAGACCUCGCCUCCGUCGCCGCUGGGCGAUGAGAAGGAGUCGAAGAUGAGCCAGAUACAAUUUUCCUCGCCAAGCGAUAAACAAAAUACACUGGCGUUACAAAAGCGGGCGGAGGCGGUGUGCGUGCAGAAUGCAUACAAACACUAUGGAUCCAACAAACGACCGAACCAUGUUCUUAGUAAACUAAACAUGACCGUCAAAAAGGGGACAAUAUAUGGUCUACUAGGCGCGUCAGGGUGCGGCAAAACGACUCUUCUCUCCUGCAUUGUGGGCAGACGGAAGCUGAAUAGCGGAGAUAUUUGGGUGCUCGGUGGAAAGCCAGGCACAAAAGGUUCCGGUGUUCCCGGAAAACGAGUAGGGUACAUGCCCCAAGAAAUAGCUCUUUAUGGAGAAUUCACCAUCAAAGAAACGAUGAUGUAUUUCGGUUGGAUCUUCGGUAUGGAGACCAGGGAGAUCGUGGAGCGACUGCGGUUUCUUCUGGACUUCCUUGACCUACCCAGUGAGAAUAGAAUGGUUAAGAACUUGAGUGGUGGACAACAGCGGCGUGUCUCCUUCGCCGUGGCACUGAUGCACGAUCCUGAACUGCUGAUCCUUGAUGAACCCACCGUGGGGGUCGAUCCUCUUCUUAGACAGUCCAUCUGGACCCAUCUGGUGCGAAUCACCAGCUCCGGUGAUAAGACUGUUAUCAUCACAACCCAUUAUAUUGAAGAGGCCAGGCAGGCGCAUUGUAUUGGUUUGAUGCGCAGUGGCCGCUUGCUGGCAGAGGAUCCACCGCAGGCACUCCUCAGAAUGUACAACUGCAUAUCCCUUGAAGACGUCUUCCUCAAAUUAUCUAGGAAACAAGGACAAGGCAACCAGGUACCAGAAAUAACUGUAUCGGGCGGAGGCCUAGGACUCAACAAGAUGUCUAAACGGGAAGAAGCUCCCUACGCCAAUGAAGACGCGCAAGUCAUCGGGCUAAACUUCCACCAGAGCAAGGAGGUGCUAAUUGUUGAUAACGGAGUUGGUUCAAAUGGAGAUUUACCAGGAAAGAAAUCGGAGGCUGCAACAGAUUGUACCGAUUGCGCUGGUAGAUUUAGUUUCACAUCCCGAGGUAAAAUUAAGGCGUUGAUUCAAAAGAACUUCUUGCGGAUGUGGAGAAAUAUCGGUGUGAUGCUAUUCAUCUUUGCCUUACCCGUGAUGCAGGUCAUUCUCUUCUGUUUGGCAAUUGGACGAGACCCAAGUGGACUUAAAAUGGCUAUAGUAAACCACGACGUUAAUGUGUUCGACGGCUACUGUCCAUACAACUCUUCCUGCUCUAUGAAGAAUCUGUCUUGCCGGUAUUUGGACAAUUUGAAAAAUGAGUCAAUUAUCAAGAAUUAUUAUGCUGACCUAGAUGAUGCAAAAGAAGCAGUUCGGCAAGGAGAGGCCUGGGGAGUCAUCUAUUUCAACGAGAAUUAUACCGAUUCCUUGGUCGCGAGACUGGCUUUGGGUGACACGGCUGACAAUGAGACAAUACUAUCAUCAGAGGUGGAAGUAUGGCUGGACAUGUCCAAUCAGCAAAUUGGUUUGAUGCUGAGUAGAGACAUACAAUUCUCUUACAGGGACUUCGCUAAGGGUCUUUUAUCGUCAUGUAACUACAAUCCUAAAGUAGGCGACAUUCCUAUCGACUUCAAGGAUCCUAUUUACGGUGAUACCAAUCCUUCCUUCACUGAUUUCGUCGCGCCGGGGGUUAUUCUAACAAUCGUGUUCUUCUUGGCCGUAGCUCUCACUUCGUCUGCUCUCAUAGUAGAACGUACUGAGGGUCUAUUGGAUCGAUCCUGGGUGGCUGGUGUUUCCCCAGGGGAGAUUUUAUUCUCUCAUGUGGUGACUCAGUUUGUUGUGAUGUGUGGACAGACAGCGUUGGUGCUCAUUUUCAUGAUACUCGUCUUUGGAGUGAAGAGUAAUGGAAACAUCGCGUAUGUCGUCAUGCUGACGAUUUUGCAAGGACUUUGUGGAAUGUGCUUCGGCUUCGUGAUAUCAGCUGCCUGCGAGCUCGAACGAAACGCCAUCCAGCUUGCCCUAGGUUCAUUCUACCCUACUCUCCUUCUCAGUGGGGUAAUUUGGCCCAUCGAGGGCAUGCCAUGGAUACUACGAUACGUGUCUACUUGUUUACCCUUGACCCUCGCUACCUCGUCACUAAGAUCCAUAUUGACCCGCGGUUGGCCCAUAACUGACCCCGAUGUCUAUAUGGGCUUUGUUUCGACUAUACUGUGGAUUACUUUAUUCUUAGUCCUUACUAUAACGAUUUUGAGGUUCAAACGGGGUUAA